GAGUUUCAGCCGGUUCAGUUGAACACACAUUGGUCUGCCGGUAUCAUCAUGGCGUUCCGCUUCAAGGCUUCCAAGUACAAGAACGCAGCUGCCAAAGUGCCAAAGAAGGAUGGUUGGAUCACAGACAUCAGUGUUCCUCGGGGACUGUCAUCUCAAGGCAACCACAUCAAGGCCAACUGUCACCACAUCGCUUACAACCAUGACAGUCCAGGUGGGAACACCCUGGGUAUAUUACCUCUGAACAGUGUUGGCAGACAGGACAGAUCUACCCCAAUGCUACAUGCACAUGCCGAUUUUGUGACAGACUUCGACUUCUCACCAUUUGAUGCGUUCACGGAGAGUUCACUUCUGGUGACGGGUUCUCAAGACUGUUCGGUGAAGCUAUGGACAAUCCCAUCAGGCCCGGUACUAGAGCCUCCCUCAGCCACAGCCACACUGACUACCCUGGACAGGAGAGUAGAGAAUGUGCUGUGGCACCCGACAGCUGAGAACAUCCUGGGUUUCUCCUCAGACAGAUCUGUCAGGAUAUGGGACGUGGGAGUGCAGCAGGAGGCUUAUGUGCUAGAGGAUCACAGUGACUUAGUACAGAGCUUUUCAUGGAAGGAAGAUGGCAGCCUGUUAGCAACAUCUUGCAAGGACAAGAAGAUCAGGGUUCUGGAUCCCAGAGCUGGUUCAACAGUACAGGCAGGAGAGGGCCACCAGAAUGUGCGAGACUCCCGGGUCCUGUGGUUAGGAGAGAAGGACAUGCUGCUGUCUGUAGGCUUCAGUAAGAUGCGUGAGCGUCAGUACAUUGUGUGGGACCCUCGCAACAUGGGCCAGACUCUGGCCACCGAAGCCCUGGAUUCCAACACUGGUCCCAUCAUGCCACUGUAUGAUGCAGACACAGGCAUGCUGUUCCUGGCUGGAAAGGGAGAUUCUGCUGUUAGAUACUUUGAAGUCACCUCCAAGCAUCCGUACCUCACAGAAUGCCAGCCCCAUAUGAGUUCGGAACAGGUGAAGGGUGUUGCCAUGGUACCCAAGCGAGCGAUGGAUGUGAUGACAGGAGAGGUGAAUCGUGUGUUACUGCUGGUGCAUCAGGCCAUCAUCCCGCUGCCUUACAUCGUGCCCAGGAAGUCAUAUCGUGAUUUCCAUGAAGACCUGUACCCUGAUACAGCAUCAGGACAGCCUGCCAUGACAGCACAGGAGUGGAUGGAUGGUGGCAAUAACCUGGUGACAAAAAUCUCACUGGAUCCAAAGAAAAGGCCCACAGCACCUGUAAAGCAGAGUGGUGGAGGUCCUCCUCCCCAAGCAGCAAGUGCCCCCCCUCCCAGUAAACCUAUGGUACAACCCAAGCCAUCUACCCAGGAGGUGGAACCUGUGACUAGCACACCUGUGGAAUCUGUGAAGGAAGAUAGCAAGCCACAGCCAGCAGCUGUCCAGGUGCCUAAACCAUCUGUACAGGUGCCUAAACCAGCUGCCACACCUGCUCCUGCACCUAAAGCGUCCAACAGUGAGGCAACUGCCAAUGUUCCCAGCGAGGACACGGCUACAAAAGAGUCACCAACCGAGGACUCAGCUAGUCAGAAAGGGGCCAACAGGAAGAGCAUGUUCCUCGCAGGCCUCCCCACGUCCAAGUUCCGCCAUCUGAAGUGCACCACGCUACACAAGUCCACCCACAUCGUCAACAUCAGGAGCCUGAACGUGUCCCUGUACGGGGAGUGCGACGGUUUCCAUGCCAACCCAGACAGGGUAGCCGUGCCGCUGUCCGUCACUGGUGGACAGAUCGCUAUAUUUGAGGUGUCCCAGCCAGGCAGGUUACCAGACACAGGAGUACCUACAGUACAGAAUGGCACCACUGUCAUGGACUUCUGCUGGGACCCCUUCAACACACACAGACUGGCUGUCGCUGCUGAUGCCACAAUCAACAUUUGGAACAUCCCAGAAGGUGGUUUGACUGAGACACUGACAGAGCCUGAGCUUAGCCUUCGAGGUCAUGAGGAGAAAAUCUACUGUAUGAAGUUCCACCCCACAGCGAGUGACAUCAUGGCGUCUGCCUCAUUCGACAUGUCAGUCAGAGUGUGGGACUUGUCGGCAGAACAACAGGUCUUCAAACUCAGAGGACACACAGACCAGAUCUUCAGCCUAGCCUGGAGUCCUGAUGGACAGUACCUGGCCACAGUCUGUAAGGAUGGAAGCAUCAGGAUAUAUAACCCACGGGACAGCACCAGGCCACUCAGGGAGGGAGAUGGCCCAGUGGGUGCCAGAGGAGCCAGGGUGGUGUGGGCAUGUGACGGGAAGUGCCUGGCAGUUACCGGGUUCAGCAAGUCAAGCACGCGGACUGUUUUUGUAUUCAAUGCAGAGGACCUAUCUGCACCCCUAACCACUGUAGGCAUUGACGAAUCUACCACAAUCCUUGUGCCUUACUAUGAUGAGGACAGCAGGGUGCUGUUCCUUACUGGAAAGGGAGACAGUCAAAUUUUCUCGUAUGAAGUCAGCACAGAGAAGCCCUACCUCAUAGAGCUGGCAACUACAGCAUUCAGCUCACCACAUCAGGGAGUAUCUUACUUACCUAAGAAGGUGUGUAAUGUCAAGGAUGUGGAGUUUGCUCAGGGCUUCAAGCUGAACAAAACCACUCUGGAGCCGUUAUCAUUUACCGUGCCGAGAAUCAAGAUGGAGUUCUUCCAAGAUGACCUGUUCCCUGACACUAGAGCAUGCUGGGAGCCUGCCAUGACAGCCCAGGAGUGGUUGGAGGGAGGAAACAAAGUACAGAGGACCAUCAGUCUACAGCCUGCAGACAUGAAACCAUAUUAUGAGUACAAUUUUGACAAAACAAGAGUAUAG